AUGUACUCUGUCUGUCUUCUAAGUAGAUUCAUGGAAUCUCCUACUAGACAGCAUCAGUUGGCUGCUAAGAGAGUGUUGCGCUACCUAAAAGGGACUACAAAGUCUGGAAUUUGGUACAAAAGAUUGGGAGGAGAAAGCAGAUUGCUAGGAUACACUGAUAGUGAUUAUGCUGGAGAUGUGGAUGAUAGAAGAAGCACCAGUGGUUAUGUGUUCUUUCUUGCAGGUGGAGCAAUCUCCUGGGCCUCUAAGAAGCAACCAGUAGUCACACUCUCUACUACAGAAGCUGAGUUCAUUGCCGCAGCAUAUUGUGUGGCUCACUGUGUGUGGCUGAAGAGGAUUCUGGAAAGUCUGGGUUGGAACUCGAGUUCAGAAGGCUGCACAACCAUUCUCUGUGACAACAGCUCAGCAAUUAAGUUGUCCAAGAACCCAGUGCUGCAUGGAAGAAGCAAGCAUAUUGAUGUUAGAUAUCACUUCAUCAGGGAUCUGGCUAAGGAAGGAGUCAUAGAGCUGGAGCAUUGCAGCACAUAUGAACAGGUGGCUGAUAUCAUGACUAAGCCACUGAAGCUAGAGAGUUUUCAGCUUCUGAGAAGUAAAUUGGGAUUGUGUGAUCUGGCAGAGUUCACAGGUGAAGGAGUGAACUGA